GUCUAUUUCACGCCUGUCUCUGCAUCAUUCAGAAUAAUUUGAACAUCUGCCAAUGGAUUUUAAAGGGUUAAACACAGGGCGUCUGUAUCGACUGGUUCUCCUGUGCCGCUUUUCCUCGUAUUUUGGGCGGGGCGAGGGAUUUGGACACACGAUCUGACAUCACUAUUGUCAAUUAAUGUCUCCCGUCAGAGAGGGUUAGUCAAACAUCGCCUGGGAGUGUUACAGAAUUCGUGGUAUAAAGAAGAGAUCGUGCACUCUGAACCUGGGCUUUCAUUGUCAAACAGAGGAGAUCUCAAACUUCGCAGAUAUGUACGACUUCCUCUCAAGUCCUCUGAGCCCGGGCAAGAAACGCUCGGUGAGGGCAGUGGCUUGAUGGCCCCCACACACCGCCACUGACAACCUCGCGGGCAGGUACACAGUACACCUUACUUCAAUGUAUCAAGACCUGCUAUCAAGCUGCCGAGAGCAAAAGGAUCUAAGUCCUUUGCCAAAAAUUGCUGUGCAGAGGCACGUUACCUGGAUCAAAACUACUGAAAGAUGUUAGUCUCAUUCAGUUGUUCUCUCUCUACAUAUGUAUGAUGUUUCAUAGGUUCUGUCUUACAGAGAACUCAUUUGAUUGAAAUACAUUUGCUGGUUUUGUUGCUGUUUUGUUUCAGAAUAACUGCAUACUGUCGUGGUUCAUCGUGUAAGGGGAUAAAACAUAACAGCGUAAACAUCUAUGUCUUCACGGGUUUGAUUUGCCAAACAUUAUUUGGGCGUCUCCUACAGAAUGUGCUCCUUUUUCCCCAGUGUGCGAGAUAAGACAUUGAUCUGGAGUCUGGUUUUUAUUUGGUCGGUUUGACUGGCUCUGAACUAAACAUAAGUUAAUUCAUGUACUGCCAAAAAGUGAACACCUCAUAUGGACAGGUUUGUGGAAAAAGGAAAUAACAUUUUUAUAAAAUGUCUAUAAAAACCAAGACGUGUCUGAAUACUAGAUCUUUCUUAAUAAUUACAACUGUAAAUUAGAAUGCCAGGCAAGAGUUCCCCCGUCCUGAUGCUGCCCGGGUUUUGAAAUGUUGCUACGAAGUAAAGAAUUUUGUCCCCCCCCCCAAAAAAAAAAAGAAAAAAAAAAGAAAAAAAAAGGGGAAAAGCAAGAAAUAUGAAAGUAAGGAAAAUUUAGGUUUCACCCAAAAGAUUAUCUUUAACCUGCACCUUCAGUUUAGCCCUUGUCUUUGAUCGUCCUCCAUCCCGAUAUCCUAUUUCGUUCUCUUUUUAAAAAGAAUAAUAUAUAAUCCUGAUAACUAGAAGGCCUGUAAAAAGGUUCAAAUAUAUCUGCUUUUUCCUUCGAACAGAGAAGUUCCCUAACAACAAUUUUACUCAAGUAACAGGUCACCGUUUUACUAAUUUGGAACAAAAAUAUUAUGUAUUAACCAAUUUCCUAAAUUUGUAUCUUCGUCUUGAGCAUUCAUUACUUGUAAUUACUUUUAUUGUUUACACUGAAUAGUUAUUCCCACAUCAUUGACAACAUUUCCUUAUAACGUGUAACUUCAUAAAAAGUAAGUAUCACAUUCAAACAUUAUUCAAAAAUGCGUUUUUGGCUAUUAUAAUACUUUUGUGAAUUCGUUUUCAGAGAAAGACGUUCGUAAGUUUGAUUUACAUCGUAUGAAAUGAAUAUUGAAGGACAGGCCUGGUAUGUGGAGAAUAAAGAUAUCCUUUUGGAACAGUGGCACACUC